AUGGCAUCAGGAGAGGGAGUGCCGGGCGCGCUCUCUCACUCCCCGGCCCACGAUGACGGGUUCCCUCAGUUCCCGCGAUCGGAACGCGGCGGCCCACCGAGUAUCAUAUCCUCGCGCAUGACGGAUAUCAUGACAGAAGAUGGCGAGGCGGAAACACAACAGGGGACCACCAACCACAGGUUGAGCGCGAUCUAUGGCGAUAGUUCUUCACGCCCGGAGACUGCGAGGACUGGUGUAUCACAGCGGGGCCCAUGGGCCCAGGGUUCGCCCCUGCGCCGCGGGCUGUCAGGGAAAAGAGUGAGCAUCAACGGCAGUAUGGGCGGCACAUCGUUGGGGGCCAGGCCAGCAAGUGCAGUGAGCAAAAGCCAUGUCCCAACGCUCACCUCACACGCCUUCUUCCGGCCCAUGAGUUCGCAGAGGCUGCAGGCUCAGCGAGGACUGGCGCGGCCGACGACGAUGAACCGGCAAAUUGGGCUGCAGGACGAGGGAAGCGAGCGGAAACGAGACAGCUACAUUUCAGAUCAGGCGACCCGGAUUGGCAUACAGGGCUCAGAAGCGGAAGAGGAGACGGGUCUACCCGCCUCCCGGGGUACCGAGUUCACCGAGCACGAGCCGUACGAUCGCGGAACAGCCAACACCAGCCCGACGCAGGGACCCCAUCCCACACUGAGCCAGACGGACAGCGUCGGGCCGCUGCACAGGAAGCCCGAGGGCGCACGAACCCUCGCGCUCGAUAUCAACUCUACGCCCAACGCCGUGGCGAGUGUUCCAACGCCUGUCCGCACUCCACGCUCCAUGCGAUCCAGUUUCCUCAUACCAAGAAUGGAAUCGGCCAGCGGUAGCCGCGAGAUGCAGGGUGGGGAGAAACUGGAAUCGCUAGCCUCGUCGCCCCAACUCCCGCCCAGCCGAGACCGCGGGAACACAGCGUCCGGAAACAGUCAGACCUCGAAACUCGGUCGCAAUUACGAGUACUUCCUUGGCAACACGGUGUUCUGUCUGGGUGGGCGUCUCCAAAACACCAGACACCGGCCCGUAAACAUUGCAACGGGGGCCUUUGUUGUCAUUCCUACGGCCCUUUUCUUUGCCUUCUCAGCGCCAUGGAUCUGGCACAACCUUUCUCCCGCGAUACCUAUCAUUUUCGGUUAUCUCUUCUUCAUUUGCAUGUCUUCCUUUAUCCAUGCAUCAGUCACCGACCCAGGAAUCCUACCUCGGAAUGUGCACCGCUUUCCGCCUGUGGAUGAGAACGAGGAUCCCCUACGGCUUGCGCCCCCGACCACGGAAUGGGCUUUGAUCAAGUCCUCCGACCCAGCAACUGCUGCCAUGGAGGUUCCUACCAAGUACUGUCGGACGUGUAACGUCUGGCGGCCUCCCCGUGCCCACCACUGCCGCCUUUGCGACAACUGUGUUGAAACCCAGGAUCACCACUGUGUCUGGCUCAACAACUGUGUUGGCCGCCGGAAUUACCGAUACUUUUUCACGUUCAUCAGCAGUGCUACGUUCCUUGGGAUAUUCCUCGCCGGGGCGUCAUUGGCACAUAUCCUCGUGCAUGCCAAACGCCAAGGCAUCCCCACGACCGAAUCUAUCAGCCAAUUCCGCGUUCCUUUUGCCAUGGUCAUCUACGGCUUUCUCGCCUUUCUCUACCCCGCCGCGCUGAUGGGAUACCACGUAUUCCUCAUGGCCCGAGGCGAGACGACCCGUGAAUACCUGAACUCGCACAAGUUCCUCAAAAAGGACCGGUAUCGGGCCUUCACACAAGGCAGUUGGUUCCGGAACUGGUUUGUUGUCUUGUGCCGCCCACGGCCGCCAACAUACUAUCGGUUCAAGGGCGCGUAUGCCGAAGGCGACCAACGACUCGCCACUCGCCGCCGCGCCCAGCGGCCCCCUCGACGGGAGCCGGACCCAAGAGAGGGUCUCGAGAUGCAGGACGUCGGGCCACAGCCGCGGCAGAUCGCGACCGGUUUCGCAGGUCCCGUCGCGGUACGAAACGCCACAAACCCGGCAGCUAGCGGCGGGUCCUAA